GUCAGGAAAGCGGCUGUGAGGCAGUGAGCGCAGCGUCCAAUCACGGCCGGGCUGGCAGGCCGAGUUCCCGCGGAGUUAGUGUGAGAGGGCGAGGCCGGAGAAGCUGUGAAGCGGCUGAUGAUGGUUAGUAGGUAGAGGGGGACUCACACAGGGCGGUGUGCCGGCAGGUCCUCCAUGGAGAUGGGGUGCGGGAGGGCGCGAAUGGGUCACUGAGAGUGAUGGAGUCCGCUACAUGUUAUCAGUGACAGGCCCAGCACUGGGUGGGCAUAGAGGAUGACCGUCAGUGAGUCAGGCCCUGUGUCUGUAAUAUCACACACUGAGAGAGAGAGGGGACCAGGCCCUGUAUUGUCUGUGUAAUAUCACACACAGAGAGAGAGAGGGGGGACCAGGCCCUGUGUCUGUAAUAUCACACACACUGAGUGAGAGAGGGGACCAGGCCCUGUGUCUGUAAUAUAUCACACACUGAGUGAGAGAGGGGACCAGGCCCUGUGUCUGUAAUAUCACACACACUGAGAGAGAGAGAGGGGACCAGGCCCUGUGUCUGUAAUAUCACACACACUGAGAGAGAGAGAGGGGACCAGGCCCUGUGUCUGUAAUAUCACACUCUGAGAGAGAGAGGACCAGGCCCUGUGUCUGUAAUAUCACACACACAGAGAGAGAGAGGGGACCAGGCCUGUGUUUUGUAAUAUCACACACACUGAGUGAGAGAGGGGACCAGGCCCUGUGUCUGUAAUAUCACACACUGAGAGAGGGGACCAGGCCCUGUGUCUGUAAUAUCACACACUGAGAGAGAGAGAGAGGGGACCAGGCCCUGUCUGUAAUAUCACACACUGCGAGAGAGAGAGGGGACCAGGCCCUGUCUGUAAUAUCACACACUGAGAGAGAGAGAGGACCAGGCCCUGUGUCUGUAAUAUCACACACUGAGAGAGAGAGAGAGGACCAGGCCCUGUGUUUGUAAUAUCACACUCUGAGAGAGAGAGGGGACCAGGCCCUGUGUCUGUAAUAUCACACACGGAGAGAGAGAGAGGGGACCAGGCCCUGUGUCUGUAAUAUCACACACUGAGAGAGAGAGGGGACCAGGCCCUGUGUCUGUAAUAUCACACACUGAGAGAGAGAGAGGGGACCAGGCCCUGUGUCUGUAAUAUCACACACUGAGAGAGAGAGAGAGAGGGGACCAGGCCCUGUGUCUGUAAUAUCACACACACACAGAGAGAGGGGACCAGGCCCCGUGUCUGUAAUAUCACACACACACACAGAGAGAGGGGACCAGGCCCUGUGUCUGUAAUAUCACACACUGAGAGAGAGAGGGGACCAGGCCCUGUGUCUGUAAUAUCACACACUAUGAGAGAGAGAGGGGACCAGGCCCUGUGUCUGUAAUAUCACACACACUGAGAGAGAGAGAGGGGACCAGGCCCUGUGUCUGUAAUAUCACACACUGAGAGAGAGAGGGGACCAGGCCCUGUGUCUGUAAUAUCACACACUGAGAGAGAGGGGACCAGGCCCUGUGUCUGUAAUAUCACACACUGAGAGAGAGAGAGAGGACCAGGCCCUGUGUCUGUAAUAUCACACUCUGAGAGAGAGAGGGGACCAGGCCCUGUGUCUGUAAUAUCACACACUCUGAGGGAGAGAGGGGACCAGGCCCUGUGUCUGUAAUAUCACACACUGAGAGAGAGAGAGGGGACCAGGCCCUGUGUCUGUAAUAUCACACACUGAGAGAGAGAGAGGGGACCAGGCUCUGUGUCUGUAAUAUCACACACUGAGAGAGAGAGAGGGGACCAGGCUCUGUGUCUGUAAUAUCACACACUGAGAGAGAGAGAGGGGACCAGGCCCUGUGUUUGUAAUAUCACACACUGAGAGAGAGAGAGGACCAGGCCCUGUGUUUGUAAUAUCACACACUGAGAGAGAGAGGGGACCAGGCCCUGUGUUUGUAAUAUCACACAGUGAGAGAGAGGGGACCAGGCCUUGUGUCUGUAAUAUCACACAGUGAGAGAGAGGGGACCAGGCCCUGUGAAAAUAGAUUUUUUUUUUUUUUUUUUUAUUUAAUAAUAAUUGUACAUGUGGGACCAGCAGCCACCUUCUGUUUCCAAUUCUUCCCCGUUUAUACCUUCACACUUCCUAUCAGAACAGGAUAUUAAAGAUCAGCAGCUUUAGAUUUGUCCGUAGUUUUCAGAAAGUAAACCCAUUUUUUGUUAUUCAAAGGAGCUGUUUAUCCUUCCUUACCAGCAAUGGUAUAAAUCAGGCUUCCCCAAACUCCGGCCCUCCAGAUGUGGCUGAACUAUAACUCCCAUGAUUCUAUGAAUGAAAUAGUCUGAUAAUCAUGGGAGUUGUAGUUCAGCAACAUCUGGAGCCUGGUUUAAAUAAACCACAUGUAAUGCAAAACAGCACCCCAUACUGUACAGUCUGCCAUAUGCAUUUUUUUAAAGUGGAUAAAAUCUCCUAUUUACAGACAAAUAUCUUGACUAAAGAUGUCUUUAUCUGUGGUAUAACCUAAUUUUUGUAUGAAAUGUGAUUUUUACAUUGUUUUAAAACAUGCUAGUUUCUUUUGGAUCGCAAAAUAAUGAAGUAUUAUAGUUUCUUGUAAUCCUGAAAGUUCGUCACUACAAAGUUAUAUAAGUCUAUUGAAAAGUUAAUGCAAGAAACUGCAAUGCUAAUAAAGGAAGAGAGGACCUAAAUAAGAAGGAACGUACAUCACUUGAGUUCCAGACUUAGUUGGGGGUUAUCCCCCAUGUACAGGGAGUGCAGAAUUAUUAGGCAAAUGAGUAUUUUGACCACAUCAUCCUCUUUAUGCAUGUUGUCUUACUCCAAGCUGUAUAGGCUCGAAAGCCUACUACCAAUUAAGCAUAUUAGGUGAUGUGCAUCUCUGUAAUGAGAAGGGGUGUGGUCUAAUGACAUCAACACCCUAUAUCAGGUGUGCAUAAUUAUUAGGCAACUUCCUUUCCUUUGGCAAAAUGGGUCAAAAGAAGGACUUGACAGGCUCAGAAAAGUCAGAAAUAGUGAGAUAUCUUGCAGAGGGAUGCAGCACUCUUAAAAUUGCAAAGCUUCUGAAGCGUGAUCAUCGAACAAUCAAGCGUUUCAUUCAAAAUAGUCAACAGGGUCGCAAGAAGCGUGUGGAAAAACCAAGGCGCAAAAUAACUGCCCAUGAACUGAGAAAAGUCAAGCGUGCAGCUGCCACGAUGCCACUUGCCACCAGUUUGGCCAUAUUUCAGAGCUGCAACAUCACUGGAGUGCCCAAAAGCACAAGGUGUGCAAUACUCAGAGACAUGGCCAAGGUAAGAAAGGCUGAAAGGCGACCACCACUGAACAAGACACACAAGCUGAAACGUCAAGACUGGGCCAAGAAAUAUCUCAAGACUGAUUUUCUAAGGUUUUAUGGACUGAUGAAAUGAGAGUGAGUCUUGAUGGGCCAGAUGGAUGGGCCCGUGGCUGGAUUGGUAAAGGGCAGAGAGCUUCAGUCCGACUCAGACGCCAGCAAGGUGGAGGUGGAGUACUGGUUUGGGCUGGUAUCAUCAAAGAUGAGCUUGUGGGGCCUUUUCGGGUUGAGGAUGGAGUCAAGCUCAACUCCCAGUCCUACUGCCAGUUCCUGGAAGACACCUUCUUCAAGCAGUGGUACAGGAAGAAGUCUGCAUCCUUCAAGAAAAACAUGAUUUUCAUGCAGGACAAUGCUCCAUCACACGCGUCCAAGUACUCCACAGCGUGGCUGGCAAGAAAGGGUAUAAAAGAAGAAAAUCUAAUGACAUGGCCUCCUUGUUAACCUGAUCUGAACCCCAUUGAGAACCUGUGGUCCAUCAUCAAAUGUGAGAUUUACAAGGAGGGAAAACAGUACACCUCUCUGAACAGUGUCUGGGAGGCUGUGGUUGCUGCUGCACGCAAUGUUGAUGGUGAACAGAUCAAAACACUGACAGAAUCCAUGGAUGGCAGGCUUUUGAGUGUCCUUGCAAAGAAAGGUGGCUAUAUUGGUCACUGAUUUGUUUUUGUUUUGUUUUUGAAUGUCAGAAAUGUAUAUUUGUGAAUGUUGAGAUGUUAUAUUGGUUUCACUGGUAAUAAUAAAUAAUUGAAAUGGGUAUAUAUUUGUUUUUUGUUAAGUUGCCUAAUAAUUAUGCACAGUAAUAGUCACCUGCACACACAGAUAUCCCCCUAACAUAGCUAUAACUAAAAACAAACUAAAAACUACUUCCAAAAAUAUUCAGCUUUGAUAUUAAUGAGUUUUUUGGGUUCAUUGAGAACAUGGUUGUUGUUCAAUAAUAAAAUUAAUCCUCAAAAAUACAACUUGCCUAAUAAUUCUGCACUCCCUGUAUGCGUGUUUCUGGUUGUUUACACAAUUAGCGAGAUUCUUUUUUUCUUUUGACAGGAAUAGAUAGGAUAGGAAGUCAGAGUUUGUAGCUUUCACAUGUUUAAAUUCACUAUACAUUAAUGGGAAAACUGGAUGUUGUUUAUUCUAAUUUACUUUACUGCAUUUUUGUAUUUCAGGCGGACUUCUUGAAAGGAUUGCCUGUCUACAAUGAGAGCAACUUUAGCAGAUUCCAUGCGGACUCUGUGUGCAAAGCUUCAGUGAGUAGCUUGCCUUUGUGAAUUGCCUGUAAUCUUUGUAAGAAGCAGGAUGUCUCCAGUCUGUUUAAUAUUGUUGUCAAGCAGUGGCUGUUUUUCUGUUUUUUUUGUUUGUUUUUUUUGUUUGUUUUUUUUAAACUGCAUUCACGUAUAUAGUUAACUGCAUUUCAUUCAGUUUUAAAACUCUAAACUGUUUAUAAAGGUAUUGUUUCAAGAAUUAUUUUGUGUUUAGGAAAGAUGAGAUUGUAUGAUGUAUAGUAAAUUUGACUGAUCUGUAUCUUCAUUGGACCAGAAGGUGGCUUAGGGGGAGUUCCAUAAAAUAUUUAAUCUUAUCCUUUUUUUUUUUUUUUUUUUUUCUGUGGCAUUUUUGAGAAUUUUGUAUUCCACAUCUGAAAGUCUUAAAUUACAUUAAAGGGAUACUCCAGACCUCAAAAUCACUUUAGCUGAAGUGGUUAAUGUGUUAAGAGUGUGUCUUCUUGGUAGUUAAGCCCAGUGGAGCUAAACUCAGGAGGCAGGCAAUUGCUCAGAACCCUGCCUUGUAAAGACUUAGAGCUGCAUGGGGAAGUCUGUGAUUAGACAUCCAAAGGAGGUGUUCCUGGGUUAAAAGGGGGGGAGCUAGCCGACACGAGAUCUGCAUCUUUUGCAGACUGUCUUUGUGUAUAUACUCACAAUGAAAAAAAUAAAUGCAUAAUGCAUGCAUGUUUCCAAUGGUGAUAUAUCUACUAAACAGUGUUUUGGUUUCCCCCCCCCCUUCUUUUGCAUGGGGACGACGACAUUGGAGUGUCCCUAUACGACAUACAAAUCAAACCUCUACUUUAUGUUUAAAGCUCUGAGGUUUAUUUUCUUAAAUGUGUUCCUUUACUCCUUAUUAUUUACCUAUUGAAAUUUUAACUACUGCUUUGGUGGCUACUUGUGCAGGUUCAACAAAUCCAUUUCAGCUUAGUAUUUGAUAAAUGUCUGAAUUACAUCUUUUGCAUUCGCUGUCCUAAAUGCAGGUUUUUAGAAACUGUACUUCCUAUGCAUGCAAUGUAAGUUCAAGUUAAGAAGCGUAUUACAUAAGGACUGUUUUAUUAAUCGUGGUAUUAAAGGUAACCUGAUCUAUUUUUAAUUUAUUCUUCCCUUUCCAAACUGAGAAUUGUUGGAAAUUGCCUAUGCAAUGCAAACUUUCUCUGGAGGGAGCACCCCGAGGGGAGAAGUAUCUUCCCCUGUUGGGUGUUCUGCUGUCGAAACACACACAAUCUGUACAGAAUUGACAUUAGGCAGCCGUAAACAGAUUUACUAACCCUCGGGACACAAUUUUAAAAAGUCUAUGUUCAGUGUUUCAAGCUGAAACGCUGCACAUACAAAUUCUGCCACUGUGACCACUAAAUCUAUGAAGUGGUCGUGGUGGUUGUAGUAACCAUUUAAGCUAACAUUGUUUUGAUGCCUAUGGUCUUUAGUAUUCUUUGCGCAGGGCCUCUGUGGCAUGGGACUUGCUUGCACUAUAACCUAAUGAGCAUAAGUUGUUUUGUUAUUUACAUUCCCAGUAUGUGAGCUGACUCAAUUGCUGAUUUGGAGAGAGAUGUUUUGCAAAAUCUGAAGUGUAGUAGGGUGUAUUAUUUAUAUAUAUAAUUUUUUUUUUUUUUUUUUAUGAAAUGACUCCAGCCUAGCCCAAUGAAGCUAGUGUAGAACAAUGCAACUAUUUGUAGCCUGUGAAUCCUCAGGCCACAGCGUUUUAGUUGAAAAGGCAUUCAUAGUGGAAUAGCUUUGACAUCUGCUUGUAAUGUCUAUUAAACAUAAUUGAUUUUCUGUGCUCAAGAUGAACAGAUGGUUACUUUGAUUACUACCAAUGCACUUGGGGGCUGUCACAAAAAAUAGCAUACCCUUACACUUUGUGCUACAUGUGCAUAGUGUAAAAGGGUUAAAUAUUAGGGGGGAGGUGGUGUGUGUUAUGGAAGUUAUAUGUAGGGCUAUUAAAGCAAUAUUCUAGGCUCAUAGUGUCCCACUCUAAUCAGCUAUGUAAGCCAUAUCACCUGCAAAGGGUUUCUGAGCCUUUUAAAUGGUCUCAAGAUCUGAAAGACUGUUGACCUGACAGUUGUGCAGAAAACCAUCACUGACACCCUCCAUAAGGAGGGAAAGCCUCAAAAGGUAAUUGCAAAGUGCUGUAUCAAAGCACAUUAAUAGAAAAGUUAUGUGGAAGGGAAACGUGUGGAAGAAAAAGGUGCACAAGCAGCAGGGAUGACCGCAGCCUGGAGAGGAUUGUCAGGAAAAGGCCAUUCAAAUGUGCUGGGGACUUUCACAAGGAGUGGACUGAGGCUGGAGUCAGUGCAUCAAGAGCCACCACACACAGACGGAUCCUGGACAUGGGCUUCAGAUGUCAUAUUUCUCUUGUCAAGCCGCUCCUGAACAACAAACAACGUCAGAAGCGUCUUACCUGGGCUAAAGAAAAACAGACCUAGUCUAUUGCUCAGUGGUCCAAAGUCCUCUUUUCUGAUGAAAGCAACCUUUGCAUAUCAUUUGGAAACCAAGUACCCAGAGUCUGGAGGAAGAAUGGAGAGGCAAACACUGUCCAGGGAGCCAUGUCAUCUGCUGGUGUUGGUCCACUGUGCUUCAUUAAGUUCAGGGUCAACGCAGCUGUCUACCAGAAGACUUUGGAGCACUUCAUGCUUCCUUCCGCAGACUAGCUUUAUGGGGAUGCUGACUUCAUUUUCCAGCAGGACUUGGCACCUGCGCACACUGCCAAAAGCACCAAAGCCUGGUUCAAUGACCGUGGGAUUACUGUGCUUGAUUGGCCAGCAAACUCGCCUGACCUGAACCACAUAGAGAAUCUAUGGGGCAUUGCCAAGAGAAAGAUGAGACAUGAGACCGAAAGGCAGAAGAGCUGAAGCUGCUAUUGAAGCAUCCUGGUCUUCGAUAACACCUCAACAGUGCCACAGGCUGAUAGCUUGAGGCAGUAAUUGCUGCAAAAGAGGCCCAAACCAAGUACUGAGUCCAUAUGCAUGCUUAUACUUUUCAGAGGUCCGAUAUUAUUCUAUGUACACUCCUUGUUUUAUUGAUGGCAUGUAAUCUAUUUUACUGAGAUUGUGGAUUUGAGGUUUCAUGAGCUGUAAGCCAUAAACAUCGCACUCAUGACAAAUCACGACUUGAACUAUCUUGCUUUGCAUGUAAUGCGUCUAUCUCAUAUAUUCCCCCUUUUACGUUGCAUUUCUGAAAUAAAUGAACUUUUGCACGAUAUUCUAAUUUUUCGAGUAUCACCUGUAGAGAGAAGAUAUGUCAUGACAUCCCCACCUCUCGCUGUCAUCAAGUUUGUUUUAGGUUCAAGCUCCAGGUGGUUCGAGAACCUAGCAACUCCCCUGAGUUUUGAUAAUGGCACAUUAAAGGAACACUAUUGUGUCAGGAAUACAAAAGUGUGUUUUUGACACUGUAUGCCUGAUGUGGCAUUUUAGAUGACUGGCCUUGCACUGGUCGCCCUAAAAAAGUGAUUUUACACACCUUUUCUCCCACAUUGCAUUGGUCUUGCUGCGGCUGACUCCACCUCCAUGGCUGAAAUCAUCAAUCUUGAAAGCCUUGGUAGGCUGUUGCGCAUAUGCAGCAAAAUGUUGUACUGCGCCAAACAGCGUCUCCUCGUAGAGCUGCAUUGAACCAAUCUACCUUGGAGGCAUUGUGCAUAACUAAAAUUGUAAGCACCUCUAUUGGCCGUGUAUGUGACUGCCACUAAGGGUGUUACUAGGCACCAAUUUAAACACUGCUUUUCUCUGGAAAGGCAUUGGUUAUAUUGAAAAUCCUGCAGAGAAAGGCUAUAGGCACCAGAACCACUACAUUUAGCUGUGGUUCUGUUGACUUUAGCGUCCAAUUUAAGCUAAAUAUUUGAUAACUCCACCUGAUCAUUAUUACCUCCCAAUUAACAGUGAGCAGUAUAAAGGAUACAUAUGGAUGUUAUCAGUCCUUAUACCAUCCAAUGGUCAGAUUAGACCAGUACUUAUUUCAUCCCAGUAAUUGGAGCCCAAUAUUUAUAUCAACCAAACCUAUACACUACUACCCCCUGUUUACAACUAAAGUAAGCAAUAUAAUUUUGUUUAUUAACGUAUUCCUUUGCAGUUAUCAGGAAUUGGUAAAGAGUCUCUUGCUGCGUUAAAGUGACCCUGUGGCAACCACCUUGCUGGUAAUUCUAGCAUUAACAGCUGUAAGGUAGUGGUCAGUGUAAAAUGCCAUGGAAUUGCAUAGAUAUGUUUCGCACAGUUGACUUUCAAAGAAAUGUAAAAGCUUUUCUAAAUCGCAUUCAUGAUUCUGAAUUGUAUUGCAGAACAGAAGGCCUUCGGUUUACCUCCCUACAAGAGAAUAUCCUUCAGAUCAAAGUAAGUGUUUAGAUUGCCUAUUUGCCUGUAAGUUAUCUUUAAAUUUAUAUAUAUAUAUAUAAUAUAUUUUUUUUUCAUGUGUAUUUUGAUGUACAUUAUGUAACUUAAAAUUUGAACGAAUAUAUAUAUAUAUAUCAGUGGACUUUCCUGACAAAUCAGGAGGUCCUCCUGCAGCCAAUCCAGUUGAUCGUGGGGACACCACAUGACUCUGAUCUGCUGGAUUGACUACAGGGGAAUACUUGGGUUGUCACACAGGUGUCUCCCUAAUUGUGUUCGGAGUGCAGUGUAAGUAUUCUGGCUUGAGGAGGGCCAGAUUAAGACAUGCUAUGCUGCCAAACCAUUGUUAAAAUCCUCCUUUGGUAGAACGCCCUAAUGUCGGGAACGGGUUAAAGAGUUUCUCCAACCCUUAUUUGUUGUAGGAAUAACACAACAUUCUGUAGCUCCCCCUCCCUCAAUAUAAACUCUACAAAAAGUAAAAAAAAAAAGUUAAGUAAGUUUACUUUCUUAAAUCCAACGCCAGAUGAAGGUGCUCAGCAUAUCCAUAAAUAAGCUUUUAAUUGGACCAGUUUCCUGGUUUAGAGUGCGUGUUCGUUUGCAAAACCGAUGAGGGGAGAGGGAGGGCAUGUGGGACAAUAAAGCAAAUACCAAAUGGGAUAGAGAGGAGGGGAGACAUGAGCUUAUCCCUUGCAGGCUCUGCCUGCAACAGUGUAGAUUUUACAUCUGUAGGCAGCGUGCCGUGCAGAAAAUUGAUAUUAGGCAAGCCAGCACUCUGUCCUGAGCUGCCUAAGUCACGUGCGCCAGGGGUGCACAUCAUGCCCCAAGCUCACAACUACUAAUAUAGCUUGAUGUGCAGCGUUCCAAGCAUUUCAUAAAGCAGAAGUGGUCAUGGUGGUUGGAGUGACCCUUUACAGUGAAGUGAUUUUGGUGCUUAGGCUGUCUAGGGUUACAUCUUUGUCCACUAUUACAUUCUUCUAAGCAUCAUUCCCUAUGAGAAAUGCAACAAAAAUGUAUGUCCUUUACUGUAUAAAUGUAUGCUGCUCUCCAAGAGCAUUCUUAGUCUGCAUAUGUUACCAAAUGGAUUGAAAGCUGAACACUUCCAUCUGUUACUGUCUGCAAAAGGCUUGCGUGCAGGCAUUCAAAAAGGAUGAGCAUCUACAUAAAUUAAAGUAUUCUUCUCUAAAAUGAGAAUUGUUGGUGGAAAUUGAAAGUGAAUUUCAAAUUUAAGGCCAAAGUAGCUGGACUGUAAGCAUGGUUGAGUUGGAGAAUUUUGUUUCUAGUUUACUCAUCCUGGCCUUAAAUUUGCUACUCCUGACAAGUCACACAUUGGUGAAUUACCCUUAGAUAUCUCUAAAAAGUUCAUGUCUCACAGGUUGGGGUGGUUGUUGUUGUUGUUACAAAGCCAAUGUAUCUACUUGUGUUUAAUAAAUGUUACACGUUGGCUUUAUGAAUGGAUUUCAUUUUGUAUUAAACAGUAAGAAUGAACAUGUAUUCACUUAAUGUUUUACUUUGUUUCAGUCAUAGUAACAGAAAAAACGAAUAUACUUUUACGUUACCUACAUCAGCAAUGGGACAAAAAGGUAAGGCUUGUCAACAUUCAAGACAAACCUGCAUUGCUAUGUCUCAGGCUAAACAUUUAGAAAACAUGGACAAUGAAAGUUCGAAAAAGUAACUAAAUAUAACUUAGUUGUGCUCUGAAGUCAGUACUUAAAGUGACACUAGUCACUAGAACUACAGAUUAACGUAGUUGUUUUGGUGUCUAUAGCCUGUCCCUGCAGGCAUUUUAAUGUAAACACUGCCUUUUCAGUGACAUAUAGUGUCAGGAAUACACGUUAAAUAUUCCUGACACUAUAGUGUUCCUUUAAAGAUGCAUAUAUACAACGUGGCUUAUAAUAUGUUUGAUUUGUGUUCCUAGAACACUAACCACAUCUAUAUGGUUGACCAAAGUUGCUUGCUCAUUUUGUGUUUGUGCAAUCCCUCGUUCAGGCAAUGAAAGUAUCACGUUUUUAAAGCCAGUGCGUCUUUUUAUACAGUGGAUAGAUGAAAGAUAACAUCUUGGGUAAAAGUAACCUUGUCUGCUCAACUGCCAGCUCCUGUAAUUUGCAUGUAAAAAUUUUCUUUUUCCAUAUUCAAGUCCCUAUCAACUAUAGAUAUUCUUAUUCUGUUUUUUGUUUUGUUUUUUGUCACAGAAUGCAGCCAAAAAAAGAGAUCAAGACCAGUUAGAAAUAGGUGAGACUUCGGCUCCCCCACGAAAGAUCGCCAGGACAGACAGCCAAGAAAUGAAUGAGGACACAUAGGCACCCUUGAGAACCUUUCCAACCCACUCCUUCGUAUUCUUCCCUUGCAGAUCAGGAUCAUCCUGCAAUGUUGGUGGGAGUAUCACAGCCUUCCUUCCCUGCCUCUCGUUACUCUUCUGAUCUCAUAGGAGCCAAAAUAAUAUUUAUUUCUUCCAGAAUUUAUUUAUGCUCUGCUUCAUACAGUUCGGAGAAAAAUAAUGGUGUCGCAACAACAAACUGUUUUUUGGUUUUGUUUUUUUUCUCACCCCCACCCGCCAAUGUCUUGCUGCUCACAUGAAAACGCAUCAUAUUUUGUUUGCCACCUUUUUUUUAUUUUGUGCUGGAUUUUACUUAACCAGGUAUAUUUGUCCAAAUUACAUCAAAAUUGAGCAAGUAAAGAUGUGGACAAAUUACUUUCUGCUGGAGAAAUCAAAAAAGUAAAGUGAGCUUCGUGAUGUAGCCACAUAUAACUAAUGGUUUUGUGUAAAUUACCCAUUAUCCCUUUACCUCCUCUUUUGCAUGCAACGUUUCUAGACAAAGCUGCAUCAAUAUGAUUUUUAUAUAUAUUUUUAAUGUAAAAAGUUGUUUCCCUGGUGAUCCUCUCGCAAAGGGGACUUUGUACAUCUGCUUAAAAGAAGAUUUGUGAAAUUAAGCCUUUAGUUUGACAUGCUGAUCAACUAUCCAGCUUGUGUGAGUUGUGACCCUUGCACAAUGCGUUAACUGGCGUGCCAUAAAGGAUUUCUCCAGUUUCUGUUUCAGAGGCAUCUGCAUGACCAACCUACUAUUGGUAACACAUUGGAUUUUUUUCUGUCAUAGGUUAUUGUUUGUACUAGAUCUACAAUGAGCGUGUGUUUGUCCCCUAAAACUCAUCACUACCAAGAGGGAAAAAAAAUGAAAACCAUCUGUAAACUAGACUGUUGCUUGACGCACUAAACAGAUGUUGACACUGUAGUUGCACUUUGAUGGCCACUGACCCUAAAACCAUGGAAUUACAGUACUGCAUUAGUCCCUUCCCAACAGGGAAGAUGUUGAAUUACAAUUAUUACUCAUGAAAGUGUUUUUGGGUUGUUUAUUUUUUUUUGUAAAGGAAAAAAAGUUUUUAUUUUAUUACUGUUUUUUGGAAGAUUAGCAGAAUUAUUUUAACGUGUUUUAUGUUAUUAAAAAUACUUUGGAGCUUGUUUUCAGCACAAGUUUUGACAUUAAUCACUCAUAGUUACCUGUUAAGCUCUGAUGGCACUGACUGACUGGUGCCAUUGUACAAAAAUCUCUGUUACACUCUAGAGAUCCCUGCUAUAUCUUGUGGUCAGGACAUAUUAAUCCUGUGGCCGUCCAAUAAAGUCUCAGAAGCAGAGAUGGUCUGUAUUUGUAAUCCUGUUUUUGUCUGUCCCUUUUAUCAUUUUCAAGGCUUAAGUUUCUGUGUGUGGUCUGGCUUUUAUUUUUUUUAUUUAUUUUUUUGCUCCGAUGUUAAUCAGCUCAUUGCAUUAAAGCAGGGCUCAACAAAUCCCAAGUCACUAAUAAACUUUGUCCUGGCACCUAGUCACUUUUCAGCUUGGGCGACUGGCUGAGGGAGUGUGGAG